UUUUAAUAAUAUAUAAAUACAUAAAUAUAUUGUUAAGUGCGUCUCAAUCACAAGUUAAAAUAAUGAGUUAAUAGUCCCAUAAGUAAUAAUUAAAGGCACAGGUGUAACUAUUAAAGAAGUAAACUUGUUUGAUAAUUUUUAUGAAAUGAGGAAUAACUAUUAAUAUGUAAUAUAAAUAUUUUUCUAAAGAUAUUGAUUAAAAUUAUUUAUUUAGUAAUUAGAUUCUCAGUUAAUAACAUAAUUAUAAAAAAAGUAAUUUUUUAAAAUAUUAACAUCUUUUAACGUAAGGAGGAGGAAGUUAAUAAAAUUAGAUAAAAAUGCAUACUAAACUAAGAUAAAUGAUAUUAAGCUUUUAAUGAUUAAUCUUCAACAAAAUAUAUCCUUAAUUAUUUUCCACUUGCACAUUCAAUUUAUUUUCAUAAGAAAUUAAAAUUAAAGGGUAAAAGUGCAAACAAAACAAUGGAUGACACCUUAUCAAAAAAGAAAAAGAGAUUUUCCUCAAAAAAGGAAAAAAAAAAUUAAAAAAAGAAUUGUACGAAACAGAGAAUUAGAGAAAUUUAGAAGAAGAUUUUGGUAAUAACUAUUAAACUAUGCAUAUGAAAGUGUUGUGACAAAAUAAGGUAAAGUUCCAACUGUACAGUUUAUUUGAGUAUAUAGACAGAUGAAGAGAAAACAAUGGGCGCCACUCUCAAUUUAAGAAACAGAAACCAAACAUAAUCAUACAGAAUCCAUUGACUUUUUCUUUUCCAUUUAUAGACACUUGCAGAGAAAACAGUGGGCAUCUCACCGGCAAUUUAUUGGACUUAUUAGUAUUGUGCAAGAGACUGCCGGAGAGAGUGAAAAUUCUUCCAAGGGAAAGUCCAUUCACUCAUUUUGCACAUCUUACUUGAGGUUUUGGAGAAAAUCUAGCAACCAUGGUAGGAUUUGAUGAUCCAAAUUUUGUUAAGGUUACCUAUGCUAUGUCUCGUGCGUUUCAGGAGAUACCAUAUCCUAAAGAUAUUAUGGAGAACAUGUCAGAUCUAUCAAUUGUAGGUUCUUCUUCUAAUGGCUUCAUUUGUCUUCGUGAUAUAUAUGAUCCUGAUAUUGUUUUAAGCAACUGGAAGGACUGUUAUGAAACUGAUUGUAAUAUGAUUCUAUGGAACCCUUUAACUUCUGCGAUUAAGAUUAUUCCACAAUCUAAUGCUUCGCGUCCUCCAAAUAGUAUUGAUACUAGAUUGGUGCUAGCUGAAUUUGAAUUUGACAGAAAAACUAAUGAUUGCAAGAUACUGAAGACGUUUUUGGUCUAUCAAAGUGGGCCGGAAAGUGAUUACUAUGUUGAACUAUAUAGCCUAAGGAAUGAUUCAUGGAGAACAGUUGAUGCUGUUGUGCCCUUCUGUACUCUAUCCCUUUCAUUGGUGGACUAAGGAUGAAAAUGGUCAACAUCAAAUUGUUUCUUUUGACUUCCGCGAUGAAAUAUUCAAAACAUCACCUCUACCUGAUGCUGUCAGUACCUGCUAUAGAUUCUGGACGUUUUUCUGUUUGAGUGAAUAUGUGGCUCUGCUCCUCUCUUCUGAUUGUUCAUUCGGUGUAGAGUUCAUUGAUAUAUGGAUAAUCUAUGAAUAUGGCGUGAAAGAAUCAUGGACUAAACUGUUCACUGUAUCAUCCCUUCCAUGUGUAGAGAGACCAUUAGGGUUUUGGAGAAAUGGGGAGUUGUUUAUGGCCACUUGGAGUGGUCAACUACUCAUAUGGAACCCCGGUACAGAAAUAAUUACCGAGUUUCAAAUUGAUGGUGUGCCAGAACCCUUGCAAAUUGUCGCUUUUAAUGGAGGGCCCAAUUCCAUCGAAGCUUAGAAAGAAAAUAUAAGCAGAGGCAAAGCUGAGAUGCAACUAUUUUAUGACAGUGCAUUAUUAGAGAUUGCUGUAAUUCUUUUUUAUUCAGAGAUGUGAUUUUAUAAAUUUC